AUGAGCCAUUACAUAAAACAAUACAUGCCCAAUAAACCCCACAAGUGGGGGUUCAAAUUAUAUCUCAUCUGCAGUCUACAAGGAUAUGCUCAUAGAUUUGAGGUUUACAGUGGAGGGGGCUCCAAAAAUAACAUCUUACUUGGUGAGCCAGAUUUGGGAGAGUCUGGCAAUACAGUCGUCAGGUUAGCUAGAAUGGUACCACGCAAUGUGAAUCACAUUAUAUACUUCGAUAACAUCUAUACUUCUGUGCCUCUCGUCACCUAUUUAGCUAAGGAAGGAAUUUUCUCACUGGGAACAGUAAGAGUAAACCGAUUGAGAAACUGCAAAUUGCCUGAAAAAAACACUAUAAUGAAAAAGAACGUACCCAGAGGAUUCUAUGAGGAAAACGUGGCGACUGUGGAUGAUAUUGACGUCAGUGCUGUUGUGUGGAAAGAUAACAAGCCCGUUAACCUUCUUUCCACUUACGUAGGAGCAGAACCAGCAACCACAGUCACGCGCUUUGAUAAAUCGAAGAAAGAGAGAGUUGCUAUUCCAUGCCCCAAAGUCAUCAAGGAUUACAAUUCCCAUAUGGGAGGCGUGGACUUAUUAGAUUCAUUUAUAGGUCGUUAUCGCAUCACAAUGAAGAGCCGCAAGUGGACCACGCGCUUAUUUUAUCAUUUCCUGGACCUCGCAGUUAUAAAUUCAUGGAUUAUGUUCAAGAAGGUAAAUAAUAUAAAAGGAAAUGAUCAACUUCUCAAUUUGGGUACAUUCAGACUAGAACUUGCUGAAACCGUCUGCAAAUUGGGUCUACCUGCAAAUGGCGCUAAACGUGGUCGACCUAGUGGGAGCACAAUACAAAGAGAACUUGUAAUGAAGAAGUUCCGAGGACCAGCUCAAGCAAUUCCUUUGAAAGACGUCAGAUUGGAUCAGACAUGUCAUUGGGCAGUUUGGCUGGAUAAGCAGCAGAGGUGCAAAUUCCCAAAAUGUUCAGGNCCUGUUUCAUUAGUCGGCUCACUGAUAAUAAAUUUGUGGCCAACUACACACAAAACUUUUUCUACUGUUAUGUUGUAA